AUGAACCGCGCCUCAUCAUCACCAGAUUAUCCAACCCAGCGAUCGUUACACGCAGCGCAGCGCAUUCAUCAAGCAUGUGGCAUGUGGCCAACUGAGUUCUGCAAAGGUUUUGUACCUGAGACUUGGGGUGUUCGACUUAUCGAGAGCCUUUCUACGUUGGUGUCUCUGGUAGUGGCUGCUGAGAACGUGGAGCUCGACCAGGUGCGCCAUAGAUUGAAGGUUUUCGCCACUAGCCAUCCGCGCUCAGAUCGCCCGCGACUUCGUGAGCUAGAUAUAGCAAAGGUGCGAAAGUGGCUACGUGGGAUGGGUAUUGAUACUAAACAAACACGGCGAUGGAAUGGACGUGCGGAUGAUGAGGAUCGGACUGCGGAGAGUGACAGAACCAAGGCAAACUCUGAACCGGUUGAUGAGAUUAUCGCUCUAGGCUUUCAAGAUCUCAGCAAAUACGGAGACAAAAAUGAAGAAGAGACUGGAGAAGAUCCCGACUUGACUGUCGAAGACGAAGAGAGCGUCCCUCGUAAACGAAAUCUUUGGUCGCGAAGCAGAGACAUCGGUGAUAUUCAGGAUGAUGAGCCUAUGGAGGACACCAUAGCGGCCAAUCCUAGGUCUGGGCCUGCUAUAAUCAAUGGACAAUCCAGGGGCAGUCCUGUCGCCUCCAGCUCCGGCUCCAACGCAGCCGAGUCAAGCGCUUGCCCUCGGCGCGACUUUCAACCACCAUCUCGCUUGGCUCAUGAUACCUCCCGGAGCUCUAUUCGCCGUCCAGAGGGACUAGAUGAACAAGCGUCCGCGCCUUCUGCUGCUACAACUCCACGGGCUUUUCAAAGCUCGACGCAGCCACGCGAACCACCAAGCUCCCAAACGACGGCGCCUCUCACCUCUGCUUCUCAGAACGCCCAGGGUGCUCAACGAUCUGGUGUGCAACCGCUCAAGCAAACAGCGUCAUCUGUUCCGGGCCAUCCUCAGACUCCCGUGUCUUUUCCUGCGACAACUCCACAGGGCACUACGCGUCCUCCGCAACAACAAGGCAGCCAGGGAUCAGCAACCGCGGCUCAGAACUCUGUACAGCUUCGCGCACAAUCAUCAGCAUCUCUACCCACCCCCCAGAGCGCGCGACAGCCUGACCAGCAAUCAAGUAGCCAGCCAUCCAUGUCCGGAACGAGUUCUCAAAGCCCCUCGACUCCUCGCGCACAAGCCAGCUCGCAGCCAGCACUGUCUCGUUGUACCGGCACUACUUCUCAGGCCUCCCAGAGCUUUCAGCAGCAACCGAACCACCGACCAUCGGCGUCUAUCAAUACGACUACUCAAGCAUCUCUACACUCCCACCUAGGAGGCAGUCAACCAUCGACACCUCGUCCCAUCGCCCCUGCUAGGGCUAACAAGCGCCCUGCUCCGUCAUCGCCAGUAAACACAUUUACAUCCACCAACAACUUCAUCAACCGCACAGCGGCGAGCAGUUCAGAAUCACUCACAGCCCCUUUAACCAAAAGACAAAAGACUGCUGACAUUCAAUGUCCAAGUUCACAGGUGACUGGAUCAUUGGAUUGGAACGCUCUUCUUGUAAGUAACAUUUGCAAAUCCAGUCAAUCCGAUGUGGUCAUCAUAAACUAA